AUGGGGACCGCUUCAGUACCAACGCUCUCAUCGGAGGAGGGGUUACCGUUUGGCAGGCAAAGCGGUGCUAGCCCUGCGCUGCCCCCGUGCACUCCCUUUGGUAAUACACCAGUAAUUCAAACUACCGCCGAGGCGGAGCUUCUGGCUCAAAUCACUUCCCUUCGGAAGGAUAUGGCAAAGCUCCAAGAACAUAACAACCUUUUCUCGUCCAAAGUAGACGAAACCCAGCGGCUGCUCAAUCAGCAGGAAACGCAGAAUAUCCAAGCUAUGCAAUCUUCCCAGAUCCCGACUCCACGGGACCAACCUCACAUACCGAAGAAGGUUUACACUGACUAUCGCCAUCGGAUCAACAACAAGGAGGCCAAACGGCCGAGGUCCCCAAUCAGGAUUAAUGCCCGCUUGCGGGACUCACGGAUGAGGGUCCUUGGAAACAAAUCACCCCUUAAAAAGGUCCAAGGGCUGGAAUCGGAGGUAGAAUCUGACGAUGAAUAUGUCCCCUCCAAGGGCACCGAAUCGAACUACCGUUCGGAAACUCCCAUGGAGUAUUCGAAGGCUAGACCACCGAGUCCGCGGAGAACUUACAAGGACUAUGGUAUCCGUCUGCUCUUCCAUAGGAUUUAG